AUGGUACUACAAUGGAUUGAAAAACCACAUAAAUUUAGACUUGGAACAGUAGCUUUAAGAGAAAUUAAAAAAUAUCAAAAGUCUACUGAAUUAUUAAUAGAAAGUUAUAAAGAUUAGUUGGUAAGAGAUAUAGCUCAUGAUUUGAUUUCUCACUAGAACUUAGAUUUUAGAGUUUUGUUAUUUUGGCACUUUAGGAAACAGCUGAAUAAUUUUUAGUAGGACUAUUUGAAGGUGUCAUUUAUGCAAGAGCAGUAACUAUUAUGUAAAGAGGCAUCCAAUUAGCUCUAAGAUUAAGAGAAGAAGAUUUUAAUUAAUACGUUUAUAAAUAUGAAGUUUUUUUACUAAAUUAAUAUAUUAAAUUAUUAAUUAACAUAAAUGUCAGGAUUAAUUGAGGUUUAAAAAAGUGUUACUAUGAAUUUUAAUAAAUCAAAUUGCCUUCUACUUUUUAUAUAAGAUAUUGAAGAACAAUAUAUAUACUAUUGAUGUGUCAAUCAUUUUGUUGCAGGAUCUAUCUAUGCUUAUCAUUUUGGUCUUUCAUCUUUUGAAAAAUAAAGUAUAAUAUUCUUAUUUAUUUCUAGUUUAAAUUGGGAUUAUUAACUCAGAUUAGCCAGAAUUCUCUUUUAUUAUAGAUCAUGAGAAGUUUUAAAGAUUCAAAACACGAGGUCAUUUUUGAAAAAAAUAAAAAAGAAACUUUAUAAAAUAUCUUGUUUGUCUUUGAAUAAAAGAUUGCCUAAGGACUCAUAGUUUUCGUGAUCAGCUCAUCUUUGUAUUUCUUAUUUAAGAAUAAUUUGAAUCCAAUAUAAUUGGCCAUUUUAGGAACAAUAACCUGA